UUUCCUGGAGAUGAGAGUGUGUGAGCGGAGAUAUAAGAGGAGGAGGAGCGCCGGAUGGAGCACACAUACACACCGCCCGAUCCCGCACUGUGCACAUUAUCCCGAUCCCCCUUGGAUGCAUCGCCCAGUCUGACUCCUCCGGGAUCUCUCCUCCAAUGCGGCUACCGACCAUGUCCGGGAACUUCCUUCUAGCGCCCAUCCCGGAGACCGCCGACUACUUCACCGUCCGGGACAUUAAGAUGGCAGUGAUGGGGGCCGAGGGUGUGGGCAAGACCGCGAUGAUUGUUCGAUUUCUUACUAAAAGAUUCAUUGGAGACUAUGAAAGCAAUACUGGAAACUUAUACUCCAGGCUGGUGGCUGUAGAAGGGGAACAUAUGGCGUUACAGAUCCAGGACACACCAGGCUAUGUUAAGGUGGAAGAUGACGUAUCUCAGGUUGCAGACAUGCUGCGAUUUAUUCAGUCAUCAGAAGGUUUCCUGCUAGUGUACUCGGUCACAGACUUAAGGAGCUACGAGUACAUCCGUCACCUCCACCAGCACAUCCGGAAGGUGCACUCGGAAUCUAAAAUACCCAUUAUUAUUGUGGCCAAUAAAGGGGACCUCCACCAUGUCAGACAGGUGCCUUCAGAUUCUGGAAUCCAGCUGGCCAAUGAACUGGGCUGCUCCUUUGUGGAGAUCUCCACCAGUGAAAACUGUCAGGACGUUUGCGACGUGUUCCAUCACCUGUGUAAAGAGAUCAGCAAACACCAAUCCAGCAGCACUGGAGAGAAGAGGAGAGGCUCUAUGAUGCCACGACCAAAGUCGCCUAAUAUGCAGGAUUUAAAGAGACGGUUUAAACAGGCGUUAUCGCCCAAAAUAAAAGCUUCCUCUGCCAUGGCAUAGAUGGCAUUAUCAACAGGAAAGAGACUGUGUUUUAUUUUUUUUAUUUCAAAAUAAUUUAUUUUUUUAAUGAAUAUUUUAAUGUGUAUAUUGGCAUGCAUACUGCCUAAACCAAAUAUAUAUUUAUUUAAAAAAUA